AAGGGCGAGGCGACUACAGCUGCUGCCACCUCCUUAUCUCCACCCCGCUGGCUCUCACUUGUGCCCGGCUGUUCGGUAACAGCUCUUCUUCCGGGACUUCCUGGUCGCCGUGACCAAUCAGAGUGUUGUUCCGUCCUUACCAGUGUCAGCCUGCAGCCCAUCAGCGCGCCUCUACCAACGCCCCUUAAAGGCGCCGCCGACGCCUCUGGAGCUGGGGCGAACCCGUUCCUUGGUUCCUGUCCCCAACUGCAGUAUGGAGUCGUCCCGGGGACGGCCCGGGCCCAAGGCGGACCUUCUGGUUCUGGGGGGAGAGGAAGCCGCGAUUUUCGGCAGCGGGCCAGGCCGAACGCCCUCUGAGCCGCCCUCAGGCUUCCGGGUGUCGGAGGAAGAAGAGGCCGAGAACGUUGGAGGCUCGAGCUGCCACCCCAAGGCGUCCCCUAAGACUUCGAGCUGCAGCGUCGUCCACCGGCCGGAACUGGAGGCUCCAGAGAACGAGCCCGGCCGCACAGUUACGCCGUCUGGACCCGGGAGCCGCCGGGGGGCGCCGGGUCCCGAGCACGACCUGCACGGGCCUUCCAUACACAAGGACCCUGAGCCGCCCGAGGACAAGCCUGCAUCCGAAAAAAUCUGCCGUCGAGGGAGCUUGGGAGGCGGCGGGAUGGAUGUUGAGCUGGAGGAGGAAGACGACGAGGGGGCGGCCGGCAGGGCUGGCAGAUCGUUUUCUAGCCGCCUUCAGGACAGCCGCAGCCUGGAUGGGCUGAGUGGGGCGUGUGGCGGCUCCGGGUCCCCAGGGGGUGCAGAGUCUGGCGCGGGGGGCGGGCGUCGCGCCACCAUCUCCAGCCCCUUGGAGCUUGAGGGCACUGUCAGCCGCCAGGGCGACCUCACUCACUUUGUCGCCAACAACCUGCAACUCAAGAUCCGUCUGAGCAGCACCCCUCAACCCCCGCCCCCUGCCCCUGCGCCGCUCUGUUCGGCGCCCUCGUCCACUCCGGCCAUCCCCCCCAUCGACCCCGACGUGCUGCGGGACCUGGAGCGGCUGAGUCGCGAGCUGGGCGGCAGGGUGGACCGUCUGCUUCGCGGGCUGGGUGGCGCGGUGCAGGAGCUGACAGCACUGAGCGUGGGCUGCAUCCAGACCUACCGCGAUGCCGUGGAUUCCCUAGGCGAAGCCGUGGACAUGAGCAUCAAGGGGAUGUACACCCUGCUGGCGCGCUGCGAGGAGCUGGAGAGGGCUCUGCAGCCAGUGCAGGGGCUGGCGCGCCAAGUCCGGGAUAUCCGACGCACCCUGGAGGUGUUGGAGGCUCUGUGCAAGUGACCAGGAGGGCAAGAGAGGCGAGGCCAGGCCAAGCCAGGGCCCAGUAGGCUCCUAAGGACUCUUCAAGGAGCUCUGGUAGCGAGAUGGAUAUAUCGGAGGCUCCUUCAGAUGCAGUUAGCAGGCCUGUGUCCACUCACUGGGCCCUAUUCAGGUGUAUAUGGGGAAGUUCUAAAGGUUUUCCUGGUGGGAGGGGAUGAUGCUCAGCUUCUACUCAGUUGGCCAUCUGCAGCUACCUUGUUCUCCCCAACUCUCUUCCCUAGCUAAAGCAUCGUCUUUGGGAACCCAGAGCUUCAGGUUUGGGCUUAGGAGACAUGACUGCCACAUGUGAUCAAGAAAGGAGAACAGAAGAGGCCCCAGCCCGCACUGUGGCCACUGUGACUCCAGUGACCACAUCUCAGGUGCCAGGGACUAUGGGACCUUGAUUUGGUCCUUGGCCACACACCAUGCAGACAAGGAUGCACACCUGCGGAUGGAUAACCUCCUGCUUCUGCCCGCUGGCCCCAUACCAUUCCAUCUCAGCCAGAACCAGGGUGGAGCUAGAAGGAAUGCAUUGCAUGGUAGAGGGGUGAGUUGGGAGUGGUGUCACUGCUCUCAGGGUUCAGUAGAAAUGUUGCUGGUUUUGAAGCGCACCUUUUGCGCAGUGUUCUAAUCAGUUUUGACUUUCUGAGUUUUUGUGGAAUUAAAGUGUUGCUGCUGCUAAGG